AUGUCCAGCCCGCCUUUUACGGUCCGGGCGGUCUUCGAGUAUGCUUCGGGCCAUGAUGACGACCUCCCCUUCCCGAUCGGUCAGAUUGUGACCGUCACCGCUCUGGAGGACGACGAUUGGUACUACGGUGAAUAUUCGGACGCCUCGGGGGUUAAGCAGGAGGGCAUCUUCCCCAAAAACUUCGUCGAAAAGUAUGACCCCCCAGCUCCUCCGCGCCCAUCUCGCCCCAGACCGAAGAAGGAGCCCGAGCCUGCGCCAGUGCAGUCACCCGUGAUCGAGAGCAAGCAGCCCGAACCCGAGCCCGAGGUGGAGGCACAACCCGCGGAGGACGAGGAGGACAUUGCACUCCCACAGCCACUUGCGCCCCAAUCUCCCCCCAAGCCUACGAUUGCCCCCGUCGCAAAAACUGCAUCGUCGCCCCCGCAGCCGGCAAAGGCGCCCGCGCCCGCUCCAGCUCCUCCAGCAGCUCCGGUUGAACCCGCCGCCAAGGCACCGUCCAGUAAACCUGCUCCCCCAGCUGUCGCAGAGAAGCCUUCCGGGUCGUCGUUCAGAGAUCGCAUCGCCGCCUUCAACAAACCUGCCGCGGCGCCAAUUAUACCCUUUAAGCCCGGUGGUUCUCAGCCAUCUUUCAUCAAGAAGCCUUUCGUCGCACCACCUCCCAGUCGGGAUGCCUAUAAGCCUCCCCCGAGGGAAGCUGCGCCUCAGGUAUACAAGAGAGAGGAGGACCCAGAUGUUAAGGAGCAGAUUGCACGCGAACCUCCGGUCUCCGAGAGCCGCCCUCCUCCUCCCAUUGCUCCUACGGAUGAAGGCGAAGAGGGCACAGAGGAUCAGCCCAAGCCCACCAGUUUGAAGGACCGAAUUGCCUUACUUCAAAAGCAACAAUUAGAGCAAGCUCAACGUCAUGCAGACGCAGCUCAAAAGAAAGAGAAGCCUGCUCGUCCUCCCAAGAAGUCUUCCGAGGAACCUGCAGCCCCCGCAGUUCCUAUGACCCCUGCAGCCCUUGAUGAUGAACCAGAGUCUCCUUUUAUUGAAGGAGCUCCGACUGCCCGGGACCCCAGUGUAGAUACUGUGAGAGCUCAAGCUCCUACUGCACCGCCGCCCGUCCCCUUCUCGCCCACUCAGGAAAUUGCCAGUGACACCAAUGACGCAGAUGCCUCCGCUGCUGCCGACUCUGAAGACGCCGGAGAGACAUCCACAAGCAAGGAUGAUGAUGAGGAACAGCCUCGUCCAGUUUCCAAGCGUCAACUAUCGACCCGAGCAGUUGAGCCGACUCUUUCCGAGGACGCUGACGUAGAAGAAGAAGACAAGGCAGAGGACGAGGAAAAAGAAGAAGAAGUAGAAGAAGAAGAAGAAGAAGAAGAAGAGAUGGACCCCGAGACCAAGCGCAGAAUGGAACUGCGUGCGCGAAUGGCGAAGAUGAGUGGUGGUAUGGGCAUGAUGGGUCUCUUUGGACCACCGGGUGGAGGUAUGCCCAUGCCAGGCAUGGCUGCCCCCGGUGCUGGUACUCGCAAGCCGAAGACCCCUGGCGAGUCUGAUAAGAGACUUGGUGAAAAUGAGUCUGAGCCUACCUCGCCCGCUGCUGCACCCCCAGUUCCUAUGAUUCCUCUUCCUGGAAUGAACCUGAACACCAAGCCAGUUCCCCCUCCUACAAGUGUAGAGAAGGAGGAAGAGGAGACCCCAGUGACUCCCAUCACUGAACAGCAUUCUGCCCGUGAGGUACCCGACGUUGAAGAUGUCGUUCGAGAAGGCGCAGUCCCUCGCGGCUCCAUUGACCGGCCCCGUGGUUCCAUUGACCGUCCUCCUCCGGCUCCUCCAUCCCAAGAACGCUCUGCUCCUCUUCCACCUCCUCGGGAAUCAAGGCCCGUCCCAUCUAUGCCAACUGAGCAACCUGGUUCUCCUCCCCCAGUUCCUUCAGCACGGCCUGCCCCUGUUCCACCCAGGCCCUCCACCGCUGACAAGGGCGAAGAGUCUGAUGAUGAACUGUCUGCCCAUGCCAGUAAUCUAUCUUUGAAUACUUCAAUUCAACCUACUGGUGCUCCACCAGCAGUGCCUGCUCCUGCGAUUCCUGAUCAUUUCGAUUCUCGUCGUUCUUCGAUGUACGACUCAGCUUCCUCUCCAGUCCUGACACCUGCGGCUGAAAAGAGAGCCAGUCGUCUACCACCUCCUAUCCCAACCAACCCACCCAUGGCACCCUCACAAGGACGUGCUCCACCUCCACCUCCUCCAGGCCAAAUGCGUCGCCGAUCUACUGCCGACAGUCGCACCAGCGCGAUGUCUGCCCCCCGACAGGCUGGAGAAGAGGCAGAAGGAGAGGUUACCGAAUACGACGGGGACUACGAUACUGAUAUUGCCUCGGGAGUCAAACACAAGGAUGCCCUGAAGUCUCACGAGCGUGACUCAAGCUUUGACGAGGGCACCAUUACCGAUGAUGUCUCCAUUCAUUCUCCACGCAGCCCCCAGGAAGCUCGGCAACCCCCGCCUCUUCCCCCAACAGCUCCUAGAGGUGUUCCUCCACCACCCCCAAGUCAGCCGCCCCAUAAUGUUCGUGCGUCUAUCGACACACCCAGAGGACCCCCUCCUCCUCCACCAAACAGAGAGCCGGCUGGUGGUGAUGACGAUGAUGAAUAUGACCCUUUCAACUACGCCGCUCCUCAGCACGGCCUCCCCAGAUCCCCCGGCGUUCCACAUGGACGCCCUGAGGCACCACCUCCGCCACCGCAGCAUGCGAAUGAUGACUAUGAUGAUCUGUAUGACGCCUCUCCAGACUUGCAGAGCCCAGCACAGGAAAGUGCCACUUCCUCGCACAAGAAAACGCUCUCAUUGGUCCCUCCGCUUCCCCACGGCCAGGCUCCAGGCAUGCCAUCCCCCUCUACGGGCCGAAGCCAACGCGCAUCCGUGGAUUUAUUGAGAAGCCAGCCUAACCUUCGCCGGUCUAUGGAUGUCUCUCGCCCGUCGGUCGACCUUGGGUUCAUUGCUACCGAUGUCGACCUUUCUGAGAGCACACUCUGGUGGGCCCAGCCCAACACACCCCCUCCGGUUUUCCAGAACCGCAAGGAUCUACUUUUCGAAAUCGAAGAGUCAGCUUCUACGAAGCGUGGUGGAAAGACAUCCGUCUCAAAGGACGUUUAUAUUCUGUUCAUUGAUUACUCCCAGACCAUCGUGACCGUCCAGUAUGAUGCCAAAAACCCCGCGGAUGUUUCUCUUGAGCAGCGCCACGAGUCUCCACCUCUCCAACCCCGUCAAGAUCAGUUAGAACAGGCCCAUAUCCAGCUUGGAACCAAGAUUUCCGAAGCCGUCAAUUCGAUUCAGAACUCCACCGUUGGAGAUGGCACUACCUGCGGACUUGUGCAGUACCUGCUCGAUCCUCUCUCUGACGCUCUUCUCCCUGUUGGCACUCGAGCUUACGGCGUCGCGGUGUACUCAAAUCUAGCCAAUGCUUCCGUGUCUUUGCAUGACGAAAUUCGUGCUGGUGACAUUGUCAGCUUCCGCAAUGCCCGUUUCCAAGGUCACCGCGGCACAAUGCACCAAAAGUACAGCGCCGAGGUUGGCAAACCCGACCACGUCGGCGUCGUGGUCGACUGGGAUGGCACCAAGAAGAAGAUCCGAGCCUGGGAGCAAGGUCGCGAGAGCAAGAAGGUCAAGAUGGAAAGCUUCAAGUUGAACGAUCUCCGCAGUGGUGAAUGCAAGGUCUGGCGUGUGAUGCCCCGUAGCUGGGUAGGCUGGGAAUCCAGCAAAUAG